AUGACAAUCAGAUGCGUUCUGGGAGAUUACCUCUGUUUAUAUCAGAGCUACGUUCAAGCUGACCGCCCGCCAUGUUGUAAACUCGACGCUGUUGUUCCAUUGUCAUCUCGACGCUGUUGUUCCAUUGUCAAAUAUGACGCUGUUGUUCCAUUGUCAUCUCUCGCGAAACGGGACCUUUCUUGGUUUGUUAAUAAAAGCCGUUUAUACAAUGGCACUAAACUUAUUAAACCUACUAAAGUGAUAACGCUAACAACAGAUGCCUCGUUAUCUGGUUGGGGUGCCGUAUCUGAUGUUGGAGUUACCAAUGGGAUAUGGUCCCAGGAGGAGAAAGCCCAACAUAUUAAUUGGUUAGAGCUUACCGCAAUCUGGCUAGGCGUGCAAUGCUUUGUCCUAACUUCCUAUUGUUACAUUAAAGUAUUUUGUGAUAAUGGAUCAGCCGUAGCUUACAUUAAUAACAUGGGUGGUUCGUGCCCUAAUUUGCAUUCAGUUGCAUCCCAAAUUUGGCAAUGGUGCAUUGAUCGUUCUUGUGUAAUUGAGGCCUUCUAUAUCCCGGGAAGACUUAACAUUCGAGCGGAUAGUCUUUCCAGGGGUCACCAGCAAAAUUUGGAAUGGAAAUUACACCCAACUGUAUUUCGGUGGAUAAGCCAAUCGUAUUUUACUCCGGGAAUAGAUUUGUUUGCUUCAAGGCUGAAUCACCAAGUAGCUGAUUACGCGUCAUGGCAACCAGACCCUGGGGCAGUGGCUGAGGAUGCCUUUUCCCUUAACUGGGUAGGAACUAAACCUUAUUUCUUUCCACCUUUCAGUCUAAUAGGAAGAGUGCUCACGAAAAUGAAAAGAGAUCAAGUUGCCGAUGCAAUAAUAAUAGCACCCUGGUGGCCAACAGCUCAUUGGUACCCAAUGUUGGUACACCGGAUAUUCUCUCGUCCGCUCCUACUCCCUCAAUGGAAACAGCUGUUAUUACACCCUGGGAACAAGGACAUGUUGCACCCUCUGUGGCAAACGAUCCGCUUAGCCGCGUGGCGUGUCUCAGCUCUAGACUCCAAAGUAGAGGACUUUCAGAAAGGGCUGCCAAGUACGUGCUCAAGUCUUGGCGUCCAGGCACCGCAAAGCAGUAUUCCGCAGCAUGGAAGUGUUUCUGUAGCUGGUGUAGUGCGAGGAAGGAAGAUCCUCUUCAAGCGUCUUUAG